AUGGCAGACCGCGACACCAUCAAGCUUGAGCUGCCCGCGUGGGUGAGAUCAUUCAAGUUCACUUUCGAAUGCAGAAAGCUUGGUCCUAUGGCUAUUGACGUAUCCAUGCGAGAGCCUCUCGACUUGGAGCUGCCGUCUGGCACAGCAUGCUGCGCUGAUGCCAGCGAAACACCAACGAUGAAACCGGGAGUACUUACUGAUUGGUUGGAAGACCAGACAGCUGCGGAAGCUCGGGUAAUUGAUGAUAACGAAACGGAACCGGAGUCAGAACCGCCUGCUGAAAAUACCAAGUGCCUAGUUGACGAUCCAGCCAAGUGUGCUGGACCUGUGCCCGACAACAGUGAGAUGGAACCAGAGUCUGAACCCGAGGCACAGACACCUGUAGAAUUUACCAUUUGGUAUGAGGCUAACAAGGACGUGCGUAUUUUUAUUCUCUACUAUGACUACUAA